AUGAAAAAGAAAUUUUUUCACUCCAGUGAAAGAUCAAUUUUUAUUUACAAAAAAAAAAUUAUUAUCAAAAAAAUAUAUAAUAAUUCCUCUUGCGUGAGAUCUAUUGAGGACUUAGAUACUAGACACUCUGAAAGACUGGCAGCGAAAAAGAACUUUAUAAACUUUAAAGUACCAAAUUUUACCUCGACUAUUUAUGAAUCUUCUUUUGUUGUUAGCUGCAUUCGUCUUUGGGAAGAGUUGCCAGAGGAUCUAGUCAAAGCGCCUAGUAUUGAUACUUUCAAGAAUAAAAUCUUUCAUCAUCUCUUCGAACUUGAUAUUUGA